AGGAGCAUGCAGUGUGAAGAAUACAUCGAUGCCAAAAGAGAGACGCAUGUGAAUUGGAUGAGGUAUGUGAAUUGUGCCCGUAAUGAAGAAGAACAGAAUCUUGUGGCAUUUGAGUAUCAAGGGGGAAUUCUGUAUCGUUGCUGUCGAUCCAUUAACCCAGGACAGGAGCUCUUGGUGUGGUAUGAAGAGGAGUACACCAAAGAACUCAGUCCUGCACCUACAGGAACAACCACACAGCAAGAAGUAAAGAACGCUCUGCUGCAAGUCUUGUCAUGCUCCACAUGCCCUCGUUCCGAUACAUCUCCAAUUUACCUUGACAAGCAUAUCCAGAGAUGCCACUAUGAAGAGUACGUGAGACUGCGAGAAUCAGGAGAGAUUAAAUAUAAGCUUCAGAUCCCCUCCAAAUGCUGCAGUCGUCAACCAACAUCAACUGAUAUUAUCCAUUCUGAUACCUCCCAUAAUGAUAUACAGAAGGAACUUCACCACUGCUCAGAUUGUGGAAAGCGUUUUACUUACCAGAGUGCUCUCAACACACAACAGCGCGUUCACACAGGAGAGAAGCCGUAUCACUGCUCACAGUGUGGGAAGAAUUUUACUAGUCAGAGUGAUCUCCAACGACACCAGCGCAUUCACACAGGAGAGAAGCCGUAUAACUGCUCACAGUGUGGGAAGAGUUUUACUCGUCAGAGUCAUGUCCAAAUACACCAGCGCAUUCACACAGAAGAGAAGCCGUAUAACUGCUCACAGUGUGGGAAGAGUUUUACUCAUCAGAGUAAUCUCCAAACACACCAGCGCAUUCACACAGGAGAGAAGCCGUAUCACUGCUCACAGUGUGGAAAGAGUUUUACUCGUCAGAGUCAUCUCCAACAACACCAGCGCAUUCACACAGGAGAGAAGCCGUUUCACUGCUCACAGUGUGGGAAGAGUUUUACUCGUCAGAGUCAUCUCCAACAACACCAGCGCAUUCACACAGGAGAGAAGCCGUAUCACUGCUCACAGUGUGGGAAGAGUUUUACUCGUCAGAGUGAUCUCCAAACACACCAGCGCAUUCACACAGGAGAGAAGCCGUAUCACUGCUCACUGUGUGGGAAGAGUUUUACUCGUCAGAGUGAUCUCCAAACACACCAGCGCAUUCACACAGGAGAGAAACCGUAUCACUGCUCACAGUGUGGGAAGAGUUUUACUCAGCAGAGUCACUUCCAAACACACCAGCGCAUUCACACAGGAGAGAAGCCGUAUCACUGUUCACAGUGUGGAAAGAGUUUUAUUCGUCAGAGUCAUCUCCAACAACACCAGCGCAUUCACACAGGAGAGAAGCCGUAUCACUGCUCACAGUGUGGAAAGAGUUUUAUUCGUCGGAGUUAUCUCCAACAACACCAGCGCAUUCACACAGGAGAGAAGCCGCAUCACUGCUCACAGUGUGGAAAGAGUUUUACUCAUCAGUGUGAUCUCCAGCAACACCAGCACGUUCACGCAGGAGAGAAGCCGCAUCACUGCUCAGUGUGGAAAGAUGUUUGCUGGUUUAGUUACAUUUAAGACCUUCAAGUGCACUAACUCGGAGACAUUGCAUGUUUUAAAGUUGUCAAAUUAAAUAUGGUUAUUACAGUUUUGACUGAAAAUGACCUGUACUUUGAACUUUAUUGUUCAUGUUACACUGGUCAACAAUUUUUCAGAAGUUGUCUGCUUCAGAGAUGAAAUUGGCUAUUAUGAAAUUUGGUGUGUUAAAUUAGAAGUGACAGUAAAUCAGCUGAUUGGCUAUGGUUUCCAAGAUAUUUAAGAAUUUGAAUUUUAUACUUAUGUACAUUGUGUAGAUCGUAAUGUUUUAAAUAUAAAUUGUAAAACUCGGUCUCUUCAUGUGUUUAUGGUCGGUUCAUAUGAUAUUUCACCUGUUCU